AUGGCCAUAGGCUCGACUGGCUGCGUGGCCUACAACCCAUCGCAAAGAACAGCAUAUGGAUAUGUGCCUUCGCUGGCUGCUGGCAUUGUCUAUUGCGUCCUCUUUGGCUUGUCGAUGAUUGCGCAUACCUUCCAGGCCAUCAAAACAAGAGCGCUGUGGAACCUGGUCUUUGCCGUCGGUUGUCUCAGUACGUCAGAUUUGACCCUCUGUCGUUCACUAUACUUCAGUCUGCUAACCACUUGA